AUGGAGUCCCCGGCUAUUGAGUCUCCCCUGAUGGAGCAGGACGAGAUCCCCAUUCCCUGCAAGGGCUGUGGAGAGAUUCUCGAGGAAGGAAAAGCUUUUGAACUUGCUGGACAAAGGUGGCACAUUGAUUGCUUCCGAUGUAGCAAUUGCUCUACCCUCCUCGAUUCCGACGCGCAUCUCUUGCUGCUGGGCGAUGGCUCGCUGAUUUGCAGCAAGUGUACCUACAACUGCAGCUCCUGCGGCAACAAGAUCGAGGAUCUGGCCAUCCUAACAGGCGACCAAGCCUUUUGCGCACAAUGCUUCCGAUGCCGCAACUGCAAGAAGAAGAUCGAAAAUCUGCGCUAUGCGCGCACGUCUCAGGGAAUCUUCUGUAUGGAUUGCCACGAAUCAUUAAUGCAGCGACGGAGGAAAAGAACUCGCGGCGCAACCACCAAAAAGUCGUCGUCACAGGCCAAACUGGACAAGUCACUGCCUUCGCUGCCACCGCACCUAAUGGCUGAAGCUCAAAACGAGGCGUUCGUGGAUGCGCCCACUGAUGGGUUGCGCAGCCGCGACACGCAGGGCGCCAGUGAUGCGGGCAGAUCUGAAACCUCACCUUCCCGCCAGGCAUCAGGUAAGAGAGCUACAAUCGACCAUCGCUGGGACACCAUGACUGAUAUUUCUCUCUUUACAGACAGCCUCAUUCUUCCUUCCAGCACCUACCGAAGUAGUCGCCAAUUGAUAGGCCCGCGCGAUGCUGAAGCGGACGGAGGCGCAGAAUUCCUCAUCCCUCUCGCGUUCGAUCCUUCCACUGAAGGCACGCGAUCAUCAUCUCGCGCACAGUCGCAGCAAAUGGACGGACUGCCACGUGACUAUUUCGGCACCCUUGGAUCGGGCGAUUCGUCGCUCAGAACGUCACGCGACGGGCGUGACUAUCUCCAAGACCCUGGCUCUCAUGCCUCAUCCGAAAAUCACUCUCCUCACAUUGCGUAUCAGGACGCUCGGCGCGAUGUGGAUGGAGCGACUGGCCCCGCGGACAAGGGUACUACAGACACAUUCAAGGCUGGCCAGUCGACCUCUGCCCGCAGUUCCACAUCGGAUAUUCCAAUCACAUUGAUGGAGACAACAACUUUCUCUGGUGCCACUAGUCCAGAGAGCAACCGUUCCAGGGAGCAAGGUGAUGUUCCCAGAACGGCGCCUCUAGAUCGCGCUAUGGCCACUGCUCGGCCCACAAAUGAACUUCGCAAACUUCACGAGCAUGAGUCCGAGAGUUCGUCCCGCUCUCUGCCUGUGUCGUCGAGCAUGGCUUAUCUGCCCAAACGAGGUGAUUCUUUAGAAACCAAAAAUCAUACGAUCCCGCGAAAGGAAAUUGGACUUUCUUCCCGAUCUCAGUCGACCGGCCCAUCGCCCUAUGACGAGUCGCCCAGAAUGCGCACUGAGACUCCAUCUGAACCUGCCAAGAGCAGUGCACUGAAUACUCCCCAGUUGGAUUCUCAGCGGCAGUUGGACCGCGCGGGCUCGCCGUCCCGGUCGCGGUAUAAUAGUAUUGUCGACUAUCCUCCGGAUGAAGAACUAGCCUCGGCAGCUCAAACCAGCGAGUCUUUCUUGCGUCGCAUGUCGAACUCUGUCCGUCAUGGUCGCAGCUUUAGCGACAAGAGUGUGCGUCUCAGCAAGGAUCUAAAGUCUCCUCGGUCGCCUGCCAACGGAAGCGCCAUUGGAACUGAUGUUAGCAGUCCCUCUGGUACUGGGGAAAAGUCCGACGAGGUCUCUUGGCUUCGAACUGAAUUGCGCAAGGAGCGCCAGCGAGCUGCGGAGAUGGAAUUCGCUCUCCGUGCGACCGCCGAUGUCAAACAGGUUAACACGGAACUGUCUGAGAAACGUUCAACCAUGGUCGUGCUGGAUGCUAAGAGGGAGAUUGUCCUGCGUGAGCUUACUGUCUUGACUGAUCAUUUGGAAGCCGAGAAGCGCACCGGAAGCGGUGGAGCCUUGGAUUUGUCUAAGCUAUCCAACAAUGUUCUGCGGGAUCUUGCUGAAGCGAUCCAGAAACUGAAGGAGUCCUAUGGCCCGCAAAUCGAGGAGCUCGUCCAGAAGCGCUUCGAUUUGUCGGAGGAGCUGGCCAGCUUGCAACGCCAGAAGGAGAAGAGCUUCCAAGAGUUUGAACAAUUGUCAUCCAAGAAUGCACAGUUGGCUGAAUUGAACAACCAGCUUGUGCACCAGAUCCAAGGACUCUACAAGGCCAAUGAUGGACGUGGAUCGAAUGGUCUGGGGAUCUACCACAACAAGGAGAGGUCAACCAACUCCAUCGAGACCUUUAAGCCCGGCAUGCACGAUUUUCCGACGUCCAUCUCGACUGCGCAAAUCGAUGAUGAAGGGGAACCUGCUACCGCCACUGCUACUGUCGUUCCUGGACCUCAAGUUGUCAGCAUUCGUAAGGGCAAGUUCAACUGGAAGAAGGGUGGUCAAAACGUCGCCAAGGGCGUCAAGGGACUCAAAGGGGCUUUCAUGGGUAAUGAGAAUGAGGGUGGCCUGCCCCGCUCUCAAACCCAGGACCCGAGCCGACAGGGCUUUGGUUUUUUCGGAAAUCAGAGGCACAAGCAAGUGGGCAAGAUGUCACACACUGAUAGUGUGCCCGUGUUGGCUGAGGGUGGUGGUCUUUUUGGUACCGAUCUGGAGGACCGUAUGGUGCAUGAGAAGAGCAUUAUCCCAGCUGUCGUCACCCGUUGUAUCCAAGAGGUUGAGCUGCGAGGCAUGGACAUGGAAGGCAUUUACCGCAAAUCCGGGGCUGCUUCGGUCAUCCAGGGCAUCCGGGAAGGCUUCGAGCGGUCUCCGUUCGAUUAUGAUCUCUCGGAUCCGGACCUGGAUAUUCAUGCCGUCACCUCGGCUCUGAAGCAGUACUUCCGGAAGCUCCCAACACCCCUGAUCACCUACGAGGUGUACGAGAAAAUUAUUGAGUCUAGCGAACUCACUUCAACGCUGGAUCGCGUGGAUCUGCUGCAGAGGAGUCUUAUGGAGCUACCUCGCGUUCAUCGCGACGUGCUCGAGUUCCUAGUCUUCCACCUGAAGCGCGUGGUCGAGCGCCGGGAUGAGAACUUGAUGACCAGCCAAAACAUCGCCGUCGUUUUUGCACCCACCAUCAUGAGACCCGAAAGUCUCGCCCGUGAGAUGACCGAUGUCCAAAAGAAGAAUGACGUGGUUAAGUUCCUUGUGGACAACUGCCAGGGCAUCUUCCAAGGAAUGCAGGCCUAG